CGUCUACCAAUCGCAUGGCGUGAGACUUUUUCUCCUCAAACCUCUGGCGGUCGAGACAUGGCGCCUUCGGUGGGACGACCCCGCACGAGGCGAUCGUUAGCCACCCACAAAGCGACGAGCAUCACUACCACGAGAUCAGCAUCAAGAGCGACAUCCUCAUUGGCUCCGUUGAAGCUGCCGACGGACGUGGUCGAGAUCUCGGAUGACGACAUCCACAACGACAGCCAGAACGACGACGGUGAUGGUGACAGCGACGACGACGUAGUGCUUGAAAAGGUGGUCCCCGCCCCUCGGAACACACCGUUUGCAGAAUACGGGGGGUACUAUAGCCCCACAGGUGGUGCAGUGAAACCAGCGAAGAAGAAGCGCAAAGUCGUUCCGGCCGCCGCCGCCAUAACACCAAAGACCCCCGAGCAGGAACUGCAAGACACCACUGCCCUCGCCGCACGCAUGUUCGAGCAGCAUGCUUCUCUCGUUCCCGAGAUCACGAGCAUGUACAGCCAAGUGGCGUGGUGUCGGCUUCGCGGAUGGCCGUAUUGGCCCGGGUAUGUAUGCAGUCCGCAAAUGCUGGCCGUCGACGCAGAUACGAUGGAGACCUUUGUGCCGCUGAUGAAGACACAUUACUGGAUCUACUUUUACCAUUGCAACAAAAGUGCGGCGGUGCCACAUUCGUCGGUUGUUCCGUGGGAUGACCAGUCCAAACCGUAUCGAGAUGGCUAUCCAACUGGAGGCGUAAACCGCACAAUCGGGCUAGCAGAAGCCGUUGACGUCGCGGAAAAAGAAUACAAACUCGCGGCGGACGACAGAGUGGCGUGGGUGGUGACGCGCGUGCGGAAGAAGGUCCUAAUAUAUUGUCUAUUGAAAUCGUUUUAAAUUGAUUUUAUAAACUCAAUAUAACUAACUGGAUGACUCGUAGGAAAGUGCCCAAGCUGUCCUAAAGACUCGGCGAAGACUUAUGCCUUCAAACGACUUAAGGGAUGAAGAUUUGCGGGCGUCGGAUGGGCCAACUCAGCUUAAAGGCGCGGCGGCGUUGAGGGAAAUGGCUCAAGCGGCUUCGUCGUGUUCGAUCCAACCUUCUACUCUGUUAAGCACCACCAAUCUUGGCCACGAUAGUAGUAGUAGUGCCGAAGAGGGUUGAUCUAAUAUGUAUAUUAAUAGUAGAUAGUCUUGUGCUUUUUACCCAAA